GUGUCGCUGUCAGAAAGAAGAAGAAGAAGAAGAAGAAGAAGAAGAAGAAGAAGAAGAAGAAGAAGAAGAAGAAGAAGAAGAAGAAAUAAAUAAAUAAAUACAAAAUCAAAAACAUGGAGAAAAGUACAGGAGCUGCAUGAAUCUUUAUUCAAACCCAGAGAAGAAACAAUCCACAACAUGAACGUGAGAAACCGAGGAAACGAGUCAGUAAAGAAACCACAGAGCACUCCUAGUGUUGUGAAGGAAAAUGUGCCACAGAAGAAGAAGAAGAAGAAGCAGCACUUCCACUUUGACCUGUGGUUCUAUCUCACUCUGGAGAACUGGAUACUGGACUUUGGAAGGCCCAUCGUCAUGAUCGUCCUUCCCCUGGAAUGGUUUCCUCUGAACAAGCCCAGUGCUGGAGACGUUUUCCACAUGGCCUACAAUGUCAUCACACCAUUCGUACUGCUCAAGCUGAUUGAGCGCAGCCCCCGUGCGCUGCCUCGCUCAGCAGUCUACUGUUGCAUUAUCUUUUUUGUCAUGGGAGCCAGCAUCCACCUGGUGGGAGACUCCAUCAACCACCGGCUCCUCCUCAGUGGCUACCAGCUCCACCUGUCCGUCAGAGAGAACCCCAUCAUCAAAGACCUUAAACCUGCUUCACUGAUUGACUCAUUUGAGCUGCUGUAUUUCUAUGAUGAACAGCUGGGACACUUGAUGUGGUAUAUCCCUUUCUUCAUCAUUCUGUUCAUCUACUUCACCGGCUGCUUCACUGAGACAGAGGAAAAGAAAAAGGUUCCUGUGACUGGUUGGCUGUUGCUGGGACCCAGCGCUCUCUACUAUUGGUACUUGGUGACUGAAGGACAAAUCACUGAACUUUUCCUCCUCACCGUCCUCGCCAUGAUUGCCAUGGUGAUACAUCAGCGGCGUAAAGGCCUCGGCCCGGACAGCAAUGGCCGGUUCCUGCUCUGUAGUUUCGGCGUUACCCUCGUCCUGAUGGCGCUGUGGGUCUUCUACCUCUGGAGUGACCCGGUGCUACGCAACAAGUACCCCGGACUCCUUUACAUGCCAGAGCCCUGGUCCUACUACACCUUGCACGUCAAGAAUAACCACUGACCUUGACCUGAGGUCUGUGCUGCCGUUUGUGUGAAAGAAAACUAUUACUGAAUGCUUCGACAUCACAUGCUGCUUAUGUGUGUAUGACUCGACUGAUGCAUCUCUUGGUUCUUCAGACAGAUUUCCUUUGGCAGAGACAGUGGCUGCACUCGACUCAUGAGGAUUAUUGAUGUGCACCAACUUCAGAGGAGACAGGUUCCCUCCUGCAGGCAGCAGCACCUGCACUGAUACACAGACUUUAACAGGUUCACACUGUGACGCUUGGUGAAAAGUCGGUCUCACUUUGCAGAUGCAAUCACUUCUGCUCAACCUGGACUAUGAUUCAUGUCAUGUCAUAAAUCAGCACUGCCCAUCACAUGGGGUGUUUGUAAUAAGCCCCAAUGGGAAUGUUAGUUCUAAAGGACCAGUGUGUAAGAGUAAGGUGAAAGGGAUCUAUUGGCAGAAAUUGAAUAUACAAUGAUCCUAGUGAUGUUUUCACUCGUGUGUUUCAUCUGAAUUGUAUGAAUUGUUGUUUUCUUUACGC